AUGGCGGCGCUCAAUGGGGGUGGAGCACUAGGUUUGCUCCCACCUGCUCCCAUCCCAAUCACGACUGACUCUUCGCCUAUGUCGACCAUCAGCAUGGGUGAUUCUGCAAAUACGGCUCCGGCGAAGCUUCGACUUAAUGGCAAUGGAAUUGGCAUUCAAUACUGCAGCCCCCAAGAUUUACCAAAGGCUUGA